UAUGUCUGAUGCUCUCGCAAAUGCAGUAUGUGAACGCUGCCAGACUCGAUUUGAUCCUGCAGAGAGGAUUGUGAACAGCAAUGGGGAGCUCUAUCAUGAAAACUGCUUUGUCUGUGCUCAGUGUUUUCGUCAGUUCCCAGAUGGACUUUUUUAUGAGUUUGAAGGUCGGAAGUACUGUGAGCAUGACUUUCAGAUGCUGUUUGCUCCUUGCUGCGGGGAAUGUGGUGAGUUCAUUAUUGGGCGUGUUAUUAAGGCAAUGAACAAUAACUGGCACCCAGAAUGUUUCCGCUGUGAGCUCUGCGAUGUAGCACUUGCUGACCUGGGUUUCGUGAAGAAUGCUGGCAGGCAUCUGUGCAGGCCAUGCCAUAACCGUGAAAAAGCUAAGGGUCUGGGCAAGUACAUCUGUCAGAAGUGCCACUUGAUAAUUGAUGAGCAGCCUCUUAUGUUUAAGAAUGAUUCCUACCAUCCGGAUCACUUCAACUGCACCCACUGUGGGAAGGAGCUGACUGCUGAGGCCCGGGAACUGAAGGGAGAACUGUAUUGUCUGCCCUGCCACGACAAGAUGGGAAUCCCCAUCUGUGGAGCCUGCCGCAGGCCCAUUGAGGGACGAGUGGUCAACGCUCUGGGAAAGCAAUGGCAUGUUGAGCAUUUUGUUUGUGCCAAAUGUGAGAAGCCAUUCUUGGGGCACCGACACUAUGAGAAAAAAGGACUGGCUUAUUGUGAAACUCACUAUAACCAGCUCUUUGGAGAUGUUUGCUACAACUGCAGCCACGUGAUAGAGGGAGAUGUGGUAUCAGCUCUUAACAAGGCCUGGUGUGUGAAUUGCUUCUCCUGCUCCACCUGCAACAUCAAGCUUACACUGAAGAAUAAGUUUGUGGAGUUUGACAUGAAGCCUGUAUGCAAGAAGUGCUAUGAGAAAUUCCCUCUGGAGCUGAAGAAACGCCUGAAGAAGUUGUCAGAGCUGGCAUCCAAGAAGGCACAUCCCAAAGCUCUGGAUUUAAACUCUGCUUAAGCAGGGGUGAGCCAUCAACAGUGCUGUUCCUGAGUCCACCUGUGUGUUGUAUAAUCACGGUGAGCUUCUGAGACCUCUGGAGGUGUUGCCAUAGUUUCUUGUGCUGAACUAAGCUGAGCAGCCUGAAAAUCCCUUUCCCUGAAUAGUUGGAGACUGUGCCUGCCCUUUUGCGAGGUGGACAGGAUGCAAGGCACUGGAGGACUUGCUGCCCCUUGCAUGAUUUAAAUAUUCCAAAAAGUGGCUAGUUUAGUAGGUCAAACGAACACAGCAGUUGGGCCUAGGCACAACCCUGCAGCCCCAGGUGAAUUAGCUAGCAAGAAGUUAAAGCUUCCUCACUUCUUGUAUGUGUGAGCAGCAACUGGAUUGGGGCAAUAAUCUACCUUAAAAUUGUCCUCACUGCCAUAACACUCUGCUCAGAACGGAUCUAAACAAGAUAAUAGCUAAAGCAUUGACAGCUGUUAACACGCUUGCUGUAGCUACUACCCAUGAAACUGCACCAGUGAUAUCACAGCAGUGGUGGGAAAUCCUGGUUAACUGUGUGCAGAUAAGAAUCCCACGUGCAAGACCAUCUCUUGGACACUUACUGGCUUUGCUAAUUCAAUUUCCUUCAGCUGCUUUGCUUUUUGUUGCUGUAAGUUACCAUAAACUUAACUGGGGUAUACUGCAUCCACUGUAACGCUGAUGAGGGGGUAGGCCUAAUUUUAACAGUAGAACUCUUCCAUCCUCUUCUGACCAAUAUGCUCUGUAGAUUACAGUAAUAGUAGCUGCUUUUGUCACUGCUUUAGGAGAACACAUGGCUAGUCACUGUUCUCUCACCAGCCUUUAAAUGGUCUUUUAGUUAAGGGCAUAAAGAGCAGCAUGUCUUUUGGUGCAGUAGUAUGUGGCCACUGCAAAGACCCGUCUUGUAAGCCUAUUCUUUGGCAUUUUUUUCACAGCAUAAAACACAAGAACUACUGAUCUAGGUGCAGUUCAGUAUGUUACGCAGAUUCUUCUCAGCAUAAAGCAUUCAGGUCUGUUCCUAUAAUCUUAGUCACAGGCCAUGUCUAAUGCUAAAUCUGAGCAGCUGUGUAUCUUCAGCCUCCUGGGAAGAUGCUGGAGGAACACACAGCUGCAUAGCUACUGGUAAAUUUAGAAAGACUAUGUAACUAGCAGGCAAUAGGUAAUACUCUUUCAGUGGCCACUCUCAAGUUCAGCAAUGGAAAAUGCAUGUAUGUAGAGGUGAAUGGAAUUGCUUUUGUACUGCAAGUAGAGAUUUAGCGUGUGCUCUCACUUUGUCUCAUGUUAGAAAUUCAGUACACCUAGUAAGCUUCAGUGUUCAAAGGACAGUUGAUAUCAUUCUCUUUGAUAAGCUGUUCAGUUCUCUAGGAUUUGGAUUAUGUCCUUAUCUUCAGAGCAUUUACCAAAAUCAGUGGGGGAAAAAAGUCAUCAUAAUCCCUGAUCUCUAUAUUAGUGGAGGGUGAUGUUCUCUUAGUAUCUCUUAAAUUAUUAAUUUUUCACAAUUAUUUUUCUUAUACUCCUGCUGCCCAUAGCCUGCAAUGUGCAGAGUAACAGUAGUGAAUAUUACUGACAUACCUUUUGUGGGACAGUGGAAUUGAAGGAGUAAGAGAAAUAACUAUAAAUAGUUUAAAUAAAUGCAUCUUCCUCUACUUCGAGUCCACAUUUUUAAAACUACAUACAAUAUAAUGCAGACUUAUGAAUUCUCCUUAGUGUGUUGAUAGGCUGACAGGUUGGUUUUUGUGUUGGUUUGUUUGUUUGUUUGUUUUUUUUUUUUAGAAAAAAGUCAAGGUCUCAGUCAGAAAUAAGCUGCAUGCUUUUUUCCAUUGCUGUAAAUAGACAUGCUGGCCAAAUUCAUCCUAGGUGUCACACCACUGGAGAGUAUAUAUUUAUAGCAAGGUUGAACUUGGCUCAGAAGUCUACACUUACUAAAAGCUGUUGUCUCAUUAUAUACAUUUAUAGUUUACAUUCAUAUUUAUACAUACUGAAUUAAAAUCACUAAUAUUCACUGAGUACACUUGAAAAUGGUUUUGCUUUUAGAAACCACAGUAUGUGACGCUUGUUUGUAUUCAAAGGCUAUGUUAAUCACUUGCAAUCUUUCUUUAUGGCAACCUAAUCUGCUCUCUAGGUCAUCCUGGUCUUUAUUUUUACAGUCUGUGCAAUGUAGGCAAAUGUUUUUCAACCUUCUGUGCAGAGAGUUUCCAGAUGUUGCAUGUUUUGUAUUAGAUGAUGUGACUGACGCUUUUUUAAGAAGUGGUUGGAUGGUGAAGGAAUAGAUUGCAGCCAAACAUGUAAUAAAUGCCAUUGUAUGAGUCUGUAAAGCACUAUUAAGUACUGAGGAUUGUAUAGACUGAGUAAAAGAAUUAGCAGCUACUUGCCUUGGUUCAGGCCUUGAUGAGCAGUGUGGAUUCUGCACGUGUGGAGCUCUGAUUUUAUCACACAUUGCUUUUGCUGUCUAACCAAAACAUGUGAUUGUGGAUUGAAAUCUUGUAACACUGUACCUUUUUAUGUUCCUGUAAUAAAGUUAACUGUAAUACA